AUGCGAUGCGGUGGAUCUGUGAACCACACCAAAUCCGUCUGCGUUCCUUUUGGAAUUGCAAUCGCCGGAAUGUUUUCUCUCCUGUGGGAAAAGGAUGGACUGGAGUGGGUUGUAUAUCCCGACAAAGAAGAGGCACAUCUUAAUCCACCUUUCGAUUCUGGUGGAAUUUCCUGGCCGAUUGCUGUGAUCUCAUGGUAUAAUUCGGUGUUUGGGAUUGAAAGUCGUUCCGAUUUCGCCCGAACCUGGCCAGUCACCCAUUAG